AGAAACGAAUUGAACCGCCAUGAUGGAGGUUCCCUGCAAAAUUUUAGCAGUUUGUCUGCUGCUCGUCGGUGCUCAGGCGUUCGCGGCGGCCGAAGCAACCAGGAGCUCCAAGGAGCUUACCUGGCAGUCCCUGUUCUACGAUGCCGUGACUGGAAAGCUGCAGGAGCCGCUGGCCGAAGAGCUCAUCGAAUUUGAAGAGUGCACUGCCCUAUACACUGUGGACAACAUAGAGAUCCUGCUGAAGGCUGGCUACAAGAUUCGUCGCUGCGGCAAGGUGGAAUCUAAGGAUAUUGAGAGAUAUUUGGAGCGACAGGAUGCCGUCUACACGAAACGCACUUUCGAAAGGGAGUUGAUUACCUGCGCACUUCGCGAAUCGCACCAUGACAACCGGCAAUGCUACGUGGAUACCGUUCUGAAUCUCUUCAGCUCGGUGCGUCCUUACCGCUACGAUCGUCGCCGUUACAGUGCCUGCAUUUUCCGUGAAGUGGAAAAGGCAGUUAUCAAGCUAAAUGCAGCUUCAAUCGCUCUGGCAAAUUGCAUCGCCCAGAGUCAGCCACAACCACUACCGCCCCAGAACAGCACUUUGCCACCACCGCCUCAAAACUCCACUACUGAAGGUCCAUGGUGGGGAAACACUACUACUCAAGGUCCAUGGUGGGGUAACACUACCACUCAAGGUCCAUGGUGGGGAAACACUACCACUCAAGGUCCAUGGUGGGGAAACACUACGACUCAAGGUCCAUGGUGGGGUAACACUACCACUCAAGGUCCAUGGUGGGGAAACACUACCACUCAAGGUCCAUGGUGGGGAAACACUACGACUCAAGGUCCAUGGUGGGGAAACACAACUACUCAAGGUCCAUGGUGGGGAAACACUACGACUCAAGGUCCAUGGUGGGGAAACACCACUACUCAAGGUCCAUGGUGGGGAAACACCACUACUCAAGGUCCAUGGUGGGGAAACACAACUACUCAAGGUCCAUGGUGGGGAAACACUACGACUCAAGGUCCAUGGUGGGGAAACACAACUACUCAAGGUCCAUGGUGGGGAAACACCACUACUGAAGGUCCAUGGUGGGGAAACACUACGACUCAAGGUCCAUGGUGGGGAAACACAACUACUGAAGGUCCAUGGUGGGGAAACACUACUACUCAAGGUCCAUGGUGGGGAAACACUACUACUCAAGGCCCAUGGUGGGGAAACAAUUCAACGGAAGGUCCGUGGUGGGGAAACAAUUCAACGGAAGGUCCAUGGUGGGGAAAUAACUCUACUCAAGGUCCAUGGUGGGGAAACACCACUACUCAAGGUCCGUGGUGGGGAAACAAUUCUACGGAAGGUCCAUGGUGGGGCAAUAACUCUACUCAAGGUCCAUGGUGGGGAAACACCACUCAGGGUCCAUGGUGGGGAAAUAACUCAACCGAAGGUCCAUGGUGGGGACACAAUUCAACGGAAGGUCCAUGGUGGACAAACACCACUCAGACUCCUCCGAUCUGGAACAGCACCACUCUUGGCCCCAACUUCAACUCCACUGAAGGUCCGUGGAUCGGCAACUCAACCCAGGGACCCGUGAACACCACGACAACUCCUUGGUGGAACAACACCACCGCCAGUUGGAGCACUACAACCGUGGACGACAGAAGCACCACCGAGGGCAAUUGGUUCGAUCACCUGAUGAACGAGAUUGGAAACCUCUUCUAGACUUAAAAAGCCACGAAAAGCACUCCUCAACCGUUAGGGGAUAUGGUCAGUGGACUAAGCUUUAGGCCAGCAAAUAAAUAAACUUAUCAGCAU